AUGAAGAUUGAAAAAAUUGGAAUAAAAAUCCCACAUGUAGGUAAACCAUUGUGGGAAAUUGUUGGAAAUUUAAAAAAUUUUGGAGUUGGAAGGCUGAUUAUCGAUUCCUUAACGCUCAAAUAUUCUGAACCUAGUUUUUUUAAAAUAGUAAAAGUGCAGCCUUUGCCUCCUCCAACUAAAGAGCAUUAUGACCGGAAUGUUUUUGUUUGGGCUGAAGAAAUUUUUAAAGGAAAAAAAAUAGAAGAAAUCGUUUUUAAAAAAAAAAACGAAAUGCCUAAUUUUAUAUUAAUACCCAAACAUGAAGAGGAAAAAUAUUUAAAAUUAGCUGAAGAAUACAGUAAAAAAAAUUUAAAUAGAAUUGUUCCCAAAUAUAUGUAUUGGCCACCAUUGUACAAAAAACUAUGGGAAAAAAGAAAUCCUAAUAAGAAUAUACCUUUACUUGCGACAGUAAUUAAUGAUAAUCCCAAAGCAAUGGUGGAGUUAAGUAAAAAUGAUGAUGAAUUUCCUAAACCCACCUCAAAUUUACAUAAAAAAAAUGUACCAGUUGAAGAAAUGAUUAAAGAAAUAGCACAUUUACAAAAAAUUAUCAAUUCGCAUUCAUCAGAAACGGAUACUUAG